ACCCCUUGUGACGACAGCUUCACCCUCUGCUUGCCCCUCCUUCCCAGUGCUUUAGUUUAUGAGACUAGGCUGCAAGGGUUCUUAGUGCUGUCCGAGCAGAGCUAGAGUUUAAUUCCUAAUUUGUGUGUGUUUUGAUCUUACUGCGUCUCUGGGAGCAUGCGGCCCGCCAGCAGAUUAUUACAUGCACUGAGGAGGAGAAUCAGGGGGGUGAGGGGACAUUGCGGAGCCUUCACUUGCACAUCUUUUCAGCAUACCCAGAGCCCAGCAUGUUCACUGUUGAGGGAAUACAGCCAGAGAGUGUCAGAUGUUGCCAAUGCCAAGCCUCUGGAUGGAGUAAAAGUCUUGGACUUAACAAGGGUGCUUGCUGGACCAUUCGCUACAAUGAUUCUUGCAGAUCUUGGAGCCGAGAUUAUUAAAGUAGAAAGACCAGGACCAGGAGAUGAUACAAGAUCGUGGGGACCUCCUUUUGUUGGAAGUGAGAGUGCUUAUUUUCUGAGCGUAAACAGAAAUAAGAAGAGUAUAGCUGUAAAUAUGAAAAAUCCGAAUGGCAGCAAGAUUAUUCAAGAGCUUGCAAAAGCCUGUGAUGUUUUUAUUGAAAAUUACAUUCCAGGCAAGCUAUCUAAGAUGGGACUUGGAUUUGAGGAGAUAAAGGAAAUUGCUCCUCAUAUAAUUUACUGCUCAAUAACUGGCUACGGCCAGACAGGCCCUUUGUUUCAAAGAGCUGGAUAUGAUGCAGUUGCCUGUGCAAUGUCUGGACUUAUGUACAUCACAGGACCCGAGGAUGGGGAUCCAGUGCGCCCAGGAGUAGCUAUGACAGACCUUGCUACUGGAUUGUUUGCUCAUGGAGCGAUUAUGGCUGGUUUGCUUCAGAGGUCUAAAACAGGGAAGGGGAUGCACAUUGACUGCAAUCUGCUGUCAUCACAGGUGGCUUGUCUUAGUCAUGUUGCAGCAAACUUUCUUAAUGGCGGCGCUGAAGCAAAACGCUGGGGAACUGCGCAUGGAAGCAUUGUUCCAUAUCAGUCAUUUAAAUCCAAGGACGGUUACCUAGUAAUUGGGGCAGGCAACGAUCAACAGUUCUCUACUGUUUGCAAGAUCAUGGAAUUAACUGAACUCAUCGGGGAUCCUAGAUUUAAGACCAACAAACUUAGAGUCCAGAACAGAAAUGAUCUCCUAACUAUAUUAUCAGCACGGUUCUCAGAAAAAACAACCAGUGAAUGGCUAAAUCUCUUGGAAGGUAGUGGCAUUCCAUAUGGUCCAAUUAACAGUAUUAAACAAGUCUUCUCUGAACCCCAGGUUAUACACAAUGGCCUUGUUUUAGACAUGGAUCAUCCUACAGCAGGGAAAAUAUCUGUUCCAGGCCCUGCUGUAAGAUUCAGUGGAUUCAAUAUUUCCAAGCCAAACCCACCUCCUCUCAUUGGACAGCACACCACUGAGGUUCUGAAAAAUAUUUUGGGAUAUGAAGAUUCCCAUAUCAAUGAACUGAUUAAAGCUGAAAUAGUGGCUCAAAAUGUGGUCAACUGAACCUAAAAGGACCUUAAUUUAAUGUACUUUACAAUUAUCUAUUAUUAAUUAAUGCGAAAUUAUUUUAGUACCAUAUACAGUAAUCCAGGGCAGCCACAUUUAUUUACUUAAUUUUGUAAGACACGUUCUAAUAUGUGUCUUAAUAAUUUUUCAGUUUCACUGGAAGGCUUCUAAUCUGAUCAGAAACAGCAACCCUAUACUGAAUUAUAUUUUCCUUGAGGUGAGGUUUCCAUACAAAGAACAAUAUUAUAGUUGGCAACUUAUUGGUAGUGAAAAGGUAAAAAAACUUCGUGAAAUGCUUUUCUGUCAUGCAACAUUUAUGACACAGCAACUGUUUGUGGCCAAAUUUAUUGGAGUCUAUGGGCAUUUUUUUGACGUGCAAAACUAAACGCAUGGUGAAUUGUCACUGUUAGCAAGACAAUUAGGUAAUAUUAAUUGGUUGUAGAUCGCAUAACUAAUACCAGGGCUGGAACUAAGGGUAGACAGAAGAGGCACCUGCCUAGGGCCCAAUGAUAGUGGAUAUGUAUCUGUUAAAAGAUGUUCUGCCUACCCCUAGUCCAAGUACGCCCCCCUCUACAGCUCCUCCCUCCCCUUGCCACUGUCCCCUCCCCCACGCGGCACACGUGCGCACCCAGGGGAGGGACGGUGGCUGGGGAACAAGUUGGCUGGCAGAGUUGCCUAGUUAGCCAUAACUAAUAGAAUCCGCUUCCAACUUAUUUGCAUCAGCCCCAGUUAUGAUCCUAAUGUUGGGCUCCUAGGCAAAGGUUUGGUGACCUCUUUAAAUAAGCAAAUCUAUGUGUGUAUGGUCAUAUUAAGAGUUACUAGUUAUUUUUUCAGAUUUUUCAAUUACAUAUAUGGUAUCUAUAUGAUCUAACUAGAACUUUUUUUUAAUAAAAAUUCAUAUGUAAAAUAAAUAAAUGAAUGUGCAAGGCAAUAGUCUCUCUCUCUGUCAAAAAAUUAAGUAUUGCUACUCUAAAUAUAUGGAAACUCCAGGUAUGGCUGUGUCUUACAAGAAAUAACAAUGAGUUGGAAAAUACAAAAAAGUUAGAUUUUCUAGUUUCUCUGUUGAUCAAACAACCCAUUAACAGUUUAGUUACGCAAGGGAAGUGAUAAAUGAUUUCUUCCAAACAACAUAGUACAUUUUGAUCCUACAAACCCUCUUUAAUCUGAGAAAAUGCAUUUGGCCUUACCAGUGCAAUGGGCAUUGUAACACCAAGAUCCAUUAUUCAGUUUUGUUGCGUAAAUAUUUGCUUUGCAUCGUGUUGCUAUAGUGAUUUUGGAUUGUGCCGUGGAAAUAAAGCUUUAUUUUAACAUUUUAUUGACUUUUAAAGCUAAACACUAGUCGAAAGUUAAUGACUUCAGCCCUGAAUGAGCCUUUCUGCACCGGCAGCUAGCAGUAUAGUCUGAAUGGCACCAACUACAGUCCAGCUUAUAAAUAAAUUAGAAACCAAGUACAGAGAAGCAUUUUGCCCUUCAUAUUUUACACACACAGUCUGGCAUUUUCUUUAUACUAAAGGUUUGGUGUUUAAGUACUCUCCAGUGUAUAAUUAUGGCAAUGUAAUGAUUUUUAUUUUGUGCACUAAACAAAAAAAAAAUAAGGAAGGUAUCUCCUGAAUGGUUGAAAUAAAUUUCUAUCCAAUAGUUUUAUUAUUAACAGUUUUGUAAAAAAACAGUCAGCCACCUAGAUGCACAUUCUGUUUCUUAUCCAAGAUAAAAUAAAAUAGCAUGCUAUAACUGA